UCUUUAAUUGCAGGGUCACAUGACUCGUUCAGCUUCUACAUCGACGAGUCAUCGCCGGUGGGGCCGGAGCAGACGGACACGGUGCAGAAUUUUGUCUCCGUAUUUGGUGCGGUGGCCAAGAGGUUAAUGAGGAGAUGGUUGGCCACUCAGAGUAUGAACUUCAGGAGCCAGCUACAGGCUGGCAUUCGCUACUUUGACCUACGCAUCUCCACCAAGCCCAGGGAUCCCGACAAUGAGCUCUACUUUGCCCACGGACUCUUCAGUGCCACAGUGAGGGAAGGUUUGGAGGAGAUCAAUGCCUUCCUGGUGGAGCAGCCUAAAGAGGCUAUCAUUUUGGACUUCAAUCACUUCUACGGGAUGCAAAAGUCCCACCACGAGAAGCUGAUCCAAAUGCUGAAGGAAUGUUUCCAGAAUAGACUGUCCCCCGUCAUCUUCGCCCAGGAAGUGAGCCUUCAGUAUCUCUGGGAGAAAGGCUACCAAGUGUUGGUUUUCUACCAUAAUCCGGUGGCCCUGGAAGUCACCUUCCUGUGGCCGGGUCAAAUGAUGCCAUCUCCCUGCCCAAACACCACUGACCCCGAGAAACUGAUCCAGUUCGUCCAGGCGUCCAUCAGUGACCGGCGCAGUAAGGGGACUUUCUUCGUGUCCCAGCUUGUCCUAACUCCCAAAGCCAGCACAGUGAUGAAAGGUGUCGCGAGCGGCCUCAGAGAGACGAUCACUGAACGGGCUUUGCCUGCCAUGAUGCAGUGGGUUCGAUCACAAAAACCCGGAGAGAAUGGAGUCAACAUUGUGACAGCCGACUUUGUGGAGCUGGGAGACUUUAUCAGCACUGUCAUCGGACUCAAUUACCUCAUGGAAGACGGAGCAUCCAAUGCAAUCUGA